CCUUUCUCUUCCUCUUUUUGUUCUCCGCACUUCCACUCCCACCACGCUCUCUUCCUCGCUCGGCUGCGUCCAAAAUGGAGGAAUCACAGCAGCCUGUACGCGUCGAGAGCAACGGAAGAAAUGAUUCGGUGCUCUGGCGGCACACCUCCACUCUCCCUCUCACCCGUCUGAUCGCGUCCUCCGGUCACCACAACCACGACGACGACGACGACGAUGACAGCGACAUCGGCGGAGAAACAAAUUGCGGCUAUUAUUACUACUACUACUACAACUACUACUGGAAGCCGAUUGUGGUGCUGGACUUGGCCUUCCUGGCGGUGGCCAUGGUGGUGCUCCUGUCCACCUUCAAGGAGACGCCGUCCACGCCUCUCAGGGUUUGGCUCUCCGGCUACUCUCUCCACUGCGUUUUCCAUGUCGCCUUUCUCUACCUUCACUCCCUCAUCCGCUUUUCUUCUGCUCGUGAUCCGCCUCUCUCUCACGCCUGCAUUGUGAAGAGGUUAGAGUCGAUAAAUACGAUCAUCUCCUCCGUCUGGUGGGUGCUGGGAUUCUAUUGGAUUGUUGUGGGUGGCCAAUCACUGCUGCAAGAUUCUCCUCGCCUCUACUGGUUAACAGUGGUUUUUCUAGCCUUUGAUGUAUUCUUUAUCAUCUUUUGCGUUGGGAUGGCGUUUAUCAUUUUCUUUGCUCUCUGCUGCUGCAUCCCAGUUGUAGCAUUUGCCUAUGCUAUGACAAUUAGAGAAGGGGCAUCUGAAGAUGAUAUCAGGUCUCUUCCCAAGUACAGAUUUCGGCAGGCCAAUCCACGGAGUUCCUUUGAUGAUGAUAGAUUGAAAGUUGAGUGGGCAAGGGUGGAAUCAGCAAAUAGGAACCAUGUCAAUGAACUUUGUCUUCAUCCAGAGGAUUCUGACUGCUGCAUCUGCCUUUCACGAUAUGUAGAUGGAUCGGAGCUUUGUACUCUUCCCUGCAACCACCAUUUCCAUUGCGUAUGCAUCAGCAGAUGGCUCCGAAUAAAUGCAACCUGCCCACUCUGUAAACAUAAUAUCCUCAGGGGUGACACAUUGGUUUGACCUUUUUUCUUCGGUCCAGAUUUGGCGUGAUGCUGAGUCUCUAUAAUCCAAACAGUCAUUUGCUAACCUGCGGAAGUAAUACUAGAAGUAAGACUUUUGUUCUUAUUUUAUCUCAAAAGUGAUGUGCCUUUUAAAAUCACAAUUGAAUUUUAAUUUAAUGGUGAUUUUAAAAACCGUAUCACCUUUGGGUGAUAAAACGGGGACAAAAUUCUUGCUUCUUGUACCUGUUGACAACCGAUGGUAAAGAAAAAGGAAGGGCUGAGAUUGAAAGAAAGAAAACAAAGGAUAUUUUCUAACACAGUUCCAGUUCCUAAACUGCAUUUUGAAGACUAGUCUAGAAUGAUUUGUAUAUUUUGUAGGUGUCAAGGUGUGGUUAAUUAGGAUAAGAAAUUGGAGAUGGGUCCUUCCCGUCCUUUGAUUUGCAGUUAUAAAAAUCGCUUGAAUUUCCUGCAAAGCUUUGCCUUUGCAGCCCCUGUUCUCUCUC